GACGGUAACCACUCACCAUCAAGUGGGCCGUAUGCUCGUCUGCCUACAAAAGCAAUAAAAAAAAAUUCAUCUUAAGUUCACACUCAUCCCUCGUUUCAAAUUGAAGGACAUGAUAGGACCCAUAGUUCGUCAAAAGAACUCUUCUUUCUUGCCCAAAUACUCCAAAAAAUGUGCGUUUCUCAGCAGCGUACUUGAACUAGAAGAAAGUCUUCCUGAUGAUGGCCCUGGUAACCAGGACCUGGUCCUGAUAACUGAAGGAUAACUGAAAUAACCAAAAUGGUCUUGAUGACCUUGUAUAUAACUGCGGUGUUCUUCCUGCGCUGAAAAAGCGUAUUUCCCUGGGUUGGUGUGCAAGUUCGUGUAAGAGCUUUUUUACAAUGGUUCCAUGUGCUGCUAGAAUGCUCAGCUUUUCUCUCCUUCCAAGGUGCAUCUCGUUAUAUAUAAUCGUAGAGUUCACUACAGCCAUCGAUAGUAAGUCUGUUGUAGAAGACAUUUCUUUACCGUGGCAAGUGGACAAUGUACAAACAUCUAUUUUGUUCCUCCAUUUCAGUACUGCAUUUUCAUUCUUUUGUUUCACAACAAUCUCACCGAUCGCCACUUUAUAAUCCAUCACAUUUUUCGGUAAGCUUCUUCUCUUUUUAUUGACUGUGCGAGAAAGCAAAAAUUCUGCCAAAGGGACGCUCGUAUAGUAGUUGUCAGUUAUCAUGCAGCGACCUUCAUCAAUUAGACCUUCUGCCAAUGUUACUACCAUACAUCCGGAGGUAUCCAAACCAAAAACUUGCACACUUUGACCACUGUUUUGGUAUCCCCAAGUGUAACCUUCUGCAGAGUAUAGCUUAUAGAUCUUUAUGCCAUAUUUAUGUGUCUUCGAGGUUAUGUAUUGGCGGUAGAGUAGUCUGUCGCGGAAGUGAACUAUCGAUAUGAUAAUAAACUAAUCGUACAUACGUCUACUGGAAAAAUCAUGAGUCUGUGGUACACGUUAAGGGUACACGGUAAUUUAAUUCAUAAGUCCGUGUACCGCCCGGUGUACACGGGUAUAUCCGGGGUCAACGACUAUAUUUUGUUACUUUUAAUAUAUCAGUCGAUUAGUGGACAUCGAAUAAUGGCCAAAAAUAUAUAAUCACACUUGGACAUAUGGCGUGUUUCGGAAUGAUUGUAUAGGGACUGUUAACGUGUUAAGUACUAAACGCAAUCCUGAAAUGUGUAACUGGUAGGUUAUUAACAGUUCGUAUCACUAGUUAACACCACCACAUCGCCGUCUCAUUGGUUUUAUCGAGUAUACGGGGCAAGAUAAUCACUGGAAGAGCAGUGAUUGAUGUUUUUUGAUAUACAAUGCAUAUUGAAAUAAAUUCAAUUUCCGUGUCGAUUUUGAAGAAUCUUUUUCUUCGCGGAAAUUCUUGACCUUAACAUGACCUUCGAAAUUUUUCUCGGAGUUGAUUUGCACCGCUAGAACCGGUUAUUUUCGAUGUAUCUAUUCUAUAUGCAGUAUAACGGCCGUAAGCCGGAUUGUGGUAUUGAAUAUUCUCAAAAUCUCACCGCAAAUUAAGCAUUUUAAACUCAGAUCUUAUGUGUGUAUUCACCUAUUAAACUGGUGAUGACUCCCUCGACCCCCGGUUAAUAGAUCAUUGAAUCUUCAAGAAAAUCACGACAAAUUCAACACUCGAUAUCUGUACACCAGAUGAUAUAUCCGCAUAGUAUUAUUUGUCUUUAAUUUCGUAAUAGCUGUACGCUACAGUUAAAAGCUAAAAUGCGAAACACGCUUUUAUAAGCGCAUAUCUCACACCCACUCCCAUAUCUUGUGUAACGUUUUAUGUACAUUUCUAUACGUCAAACGUUUUUUACCAAAUGUUAUCUGAAAUUGAAUUAAAUUUUAAAGGCUCCAUUUACUUCCAAUGUGUCCAGCAAACAGCAAAUUAGUACUCCAUCAUGUUUCCACACAGAUAAGACUGAAUGCCCCCCAUAUCUCACGAUAAUGUACAAUGUAUAAAUUAUUGUCCAAUCAAAAAUCAUAAUGUCUGUUUUGCAUUAUUAUCUUAAACGUCUAGCACAUGUGCUUCAAGAUACGUAGCUCGAUUUGUCCUGUUUAAACAAUCUCAAUUUUUCAAUUACGUCCUCAUUCCGAGACUUGAACUCUUAGAGAUCGUACCUCCAUAUAUCGUCGUUUUGGUGAAUUUUUCCAUUUGUAUUAUUAUGGACAUUGAGGCCGGUAAAGAUGAUGUCUGUUUAGAAGAUGGAACUUCAAUUGUGUUUAGUGAUGUCUUCUGUAAAGUCAAUGACGUUUCAGGAUUUCCGCUAUGUUUCAAUCGUAAAUCCAGUACAACCUUAACUAUUAUUAAUGGAGCCUGUGGAGUGAUAAGGCCAGGACGCCUAACCUUCAUUCUUGGACCCUCCGGUGCUGGAAAAACCACUCUUCUCAAAAUAAUAGCCAAACGAAAAAGAUCCGGAGUAACGGGUUCCGUUUUUGGUGCCAACCGUAACGUUGUUUUUGUAGAUCAACACACCACCCUAAUAGAAACACUUACCGCAAGAGAAACUAUAAAGUUCGCCGCGAGCCUAAAACUGGCGAAAAUGAACUACCGAGAACGUAUACAAAUGGUGGAAUCAGUAACAAAACAGUUGGGCAUUUACGACAUUCUUAACACAAAGUGCAGUCGUCUUUCGGGUGGAGAAAGGAAAAGACUUACAAUCGCCUGUGAAUUAUUAACAGACCCUCCGAUUAUGCUUCUUGAUGAACCGACGAGCGGCCUUGAUACAGUGUCGUCAUUGUCUGUGGUUCGAGCGCUACAGACAGUGGCACGCACUGGACGGAUCGUGGCCUGCGUGGUACACCAACCUUCCUCACAACUAUACGCAACAGCAGACGAUGUCCUAUUAUUGGCCAACGGAAAAACCCUUUAUGCUGGGCCACUGAGAGAUAUUCCUGGGACACUAUUAAAAGCUGGCUUAUCAUGUCCACAAUAUUAUAACAUGGCUGAUUAUUUAUUAGAGGUCGCAAGUUUAAAUCAUCCAUCCCAUCAAAUUCUUGAAAGUGAAGCACGGAGCUAUGCUAUUGAAUUGAGAAAAAAUACACAAAUCGACAUUUCAAUAAAAAAUGGAGAAGAAUCCUCACCAGAAUCUGAAGCCUUACUAAAUCCGUAUCCUGUUAAGGAUUCGCAUACGUACACCGCAAAUUCAUUACAACAAUGUAAAGCGCUACUGUGGAGAUGCUUCAUUGGAGCCGUCAGAGACGUACACAUAACUCAGAUUAGACUGGCCACCCAUCUCGUAGUGGCGCUAUUGUUAGGUGCACUAUACAACAAAGCUGGCCUGGAAGCACACAGAAUUAUAUCUAAUACUGGAUGUUUGUUUUUCUUUCUACUAUUCUUAUUCUUCUCUAAUGCUAUGCCCACUAUUCAUACGUUUCCAUCAGAAUCAACAGUCGUUCUUCAGCAGCAUAUGAACAGAUGGUACUCCUUAGUUCUUUAUUGUGGUUCGAAGAUUAUAGUAGAUCUACCCAUACAACUCCUUUGUUCCACUGUGUUCCUAAUUCCAGCAUGGUACUUAACAUCGCAACCUACAGACUUAUUUAGAGUAGGAAUGGCGUGGACAAUAUGCGUACUCAUGACUAUUCUGGCCCAAACAUUUGGUUUGGUAGUCGGUGCUGCUUAUGGAAUGAAGCUCGGACUGUUCAUCAUUCCCGCUGCAAACAUUCCGAUGCUGAUGUUCUCAGAGUUUUUCAUUCCGUACAAGGAAAUACCGUCGUACCUUCAACCGCUCUGCGUGAUCUCUUACUUUCGUUACGGUUUCAAUGCCUUCCUUAAAAUAGUAUACGGUUAUGGAAGAGAAAAACUACCCUGUCAUGUAGUAUUUUGCAUGUUUAAGAAUCCAGCCAAAUAUCUAGAAUAUUUGGGGAUCUCUGAUAAUGUGACUUAUGAUUUUCUUGCUUUAGUAAUCUGGAUUAUUGUUUUACAGAUUACCUUAGUUUUUGUUCUUAUGUUUAAGGCAUAUAAUGCGUGCAGAUGACAAUCGAAAGUUUUAUUUUAUGAAUAUAAAUGUAUCUAAUCAACGGCGGAUCCAGGGGGGGGGGUCAUGGGGGUCAUGACCCCCCCCUGAGCUAGUUCCAGGACUUGAACUAACUUGGACUAAUUGAAGAACAUCAUGAUUUAUUUAUUAUCUAUUGUUAUCAAAAUUAAAUUAUAAGUUCUUAACUUGCCCACGACUAUGUGACCCCCUCCUGGCGCCAAAGCUGGAUCCGCCCUUGUAUCUAAUAACGUACCAACUAGGACCUCAUUAAUAAACUGUAAAUUGACUAAGUUAACGGAAUCGAGUUAGUAGUAGCUAGUACUUAAGACCUAUUGAUAUUUAAAUUAGUUUUUUAAUGGCUUUGUCUGAUAUGGAUAAUUCCUUAACUUAAUCAUUUAAAUAAUAAUUAUCUUUGUAAUA